UCGUUCAACAGCAAGUAUGUGGCUUGAAUAAAAAUUCCUAAUAAAUCAAGAGAAACGUGGUUGAUUAACAUGCCAGAAACUAGCAAAACUGUAUAUAAAACUGUAUAAAAAUAAUUGUGUGAAAAUAUUCGCAUUCAUAGGCUACUCUUCGGCAAAUCUGCGUAUAUCUGUCACAUAAAAAACGGUGUACAUUUUGUGCUUUGCUUUUACGCAACAUGUACAAUUACUUUGUUUUAGUAUGCCUAUAAAUAUUUCCAGUCUAAAAGAAAAAACCUCGCUUUAUGUGUAUUGCUGCUCCACAACAAAUGCGUACAUCUAACUGGCUCCAAGCUCCACCUUUGUUACAAUAUUUGUGCAAAUGAAAUAAUGCUUUAUGUUAGCACAAAAUUUUGUAAUGAUAGCAUUUGCAAAAACCCCGAAUAGAACAUUCAAUGUUUGUUUCACAUGUGAAUAGUUGCCUAGCUAGAAAAAUCAGCAGCAUCCACAUCUACGAACGUAUAGACAAAAAAAUUGGGAGUUGAUUCAAACGAUCCACACAUUAAGCUUUAAAAUUUAAGGCAUAAUCCAUAGUGUCUAUAUUAUUCGGAUGUCUUGUGGGUAAUCGCAAAUUAAAAUACAAGUGGCGGAUGUCAAGGAUUCAAAAAGAAAGGCGAAUUACAAACAAAAUGAAUAAAAUCGUUCAAGAAGUACAUAAUAAGUACUCAUUUUUGAACAAUCUGCUGACUAAACUCUGGAGAUCAUGGUUUAAAUCUAAUAUAACUUUUAAACUUCAUUUGCGAAACGUUCGAUGGAAAAACGACAAGGCUACGCCAGAUUGUGCUUAUCAACCCACAAAGAUCGAACAGUUGGCUAAUAUUAUUACUCAUGGCAUCUGGAUAAUACCGGCAAUUGUAUGCGCUAAUAAGCUAUUCGAGCGAUCAAAAAAUUCGAGUCAGUACCUUGUAUGUUGGGUGUAUGGGGGUGCUCUAACAAUGUUGUUUAUAAUAUCCACAUUCUUCCAUUGCUCUUGUUUUUGUACAAACCACAAUGGCAUUAGAAAUAUUUUGCAUCGCUGUGAUCGAGCUAUGAUUUACAUAUUCAUUGCUGGUUCAUAUUUCCCAUGGUUACAACUUCAAAAUCCUCGUCAUUUGAGCCUUUUAGUUUGUAUGGAAUGGAUGAUAUGGGUAAUGGCUGCAAUUGGAAUAACGUAUCAGCAGUUGUUUCAUGAACGUUUUAAAUGUUUAGAGACAUGCUUUUAUGUAAUUAUGGGUCUCGGACCAGCAGUAGCGGUUCUUUCUGCAGGCCACCAGUUUCAUGGCAUGACCGAGCUUAAAUUUGGCGGUUUUCUGUAUAUUGUCGGAGUUUAUUUUUUCAAGUCAGAUGGCAUCAUCCCAAUGGCCCAUGCAAUUUGGCAUUUAUUUGUGGUAUUUGCUGCUACUUGUCACUAUUAUGCCAUCCUUACGUAUUUGUAUCCUUUGGAGAACACUACACCCAGUAACUAAUGCUAUUAGCGUUAAAAAGAAAACAUUAAUUUAUUUCCUACAUGCUAGCUUAUUCUCUUUCUCUUAAGUCAGGAGAGACUCGAUUAAACGUUUCCAAAAUUUCAAAAGUAGCCUUAAAUCAGAAAAUAUCAUGUCUACUAGUUAACGUUGUGUGUAGAAGUCGUUUUCGUUAUAUAAUGAAAUGUGUGCUUACAUCUUAAGUUUACGUAGGGCAAUUUGUUUGUAUAUAUACAGAGUAAAUAUAUUACGCAGUUUAUACUUUUAUAUAUUAUAAAACCUAAAAUAAUGUUAUGUUUCCUACCUUUACGCUAACCGCGCUCUCAAAAAAUGAACCAUAACAUAAGUAAUCCUAGGUGAAGGUAAAGUUUUUCACAAUAUUUAGCAAAACAAGCGAUCUUGUUCAACUAAAUAUAUUUCACUGUAUUUAAUUACUUGCAACCAUUUGCCUAAGUACGUCGUUACGCUCCUUCAGUAGAAGUCGCUAAAGUCUUUAACCAACCUUUGAUAGGUUUUUCGCUAAUUUUGGGCGCUUCUGAUCAGUUACAAGCUUUCAUUUGGCUUAUUGUAAGAAAAGUUUUGGUACAGCCAGUUAGUCAAUAUUGCAAUUAUUUUUCUACUCCCUAUCUGAACGAGUGAAAGUCGUGCUUUAAUCUAUAUACAAUCUUUCGGACACUUUCACUGCAAGCUGCGCAGUGGGCUUGCGGCGUGUCUCGCGCUUUUAUGGAAAAAUUCUAAUAAAACUUCAUAUAUCUCAGGGAUCUCGAUGAGAGUGAAAAAAUAAAUUCAACCGCUACGGAGUGACGCACAAACGUAAUAUAUUUCAAGAUCUAUAUCAUAAAUAUUACCGGAAACCCACACCUUAUAAGUACAUUCUUCACCAGUGGAAUUGAUUUAGCCAUGUUAUUCUAUAAAGCUUCUCUCAACUAAAAUUGUUGUAAACUUUUUUCCAUGACUCUCGAGGAACCAAAUCCCGAAAUUGUUAAAAUCAGUCCAAUUGUUAAAACCAGUUCGUGUUUGUAGUUACUUUUUUCGUUUUAUUAAAUUACGCAACGUUGCAUUGAAUCAACAAAACGAGAACUAAAGUUUUUGCACUUAGGAUCCAUCAAAGUCAACGUGCAAGCUUGAAAUAUUGAGAAAUCGGCUCAAAGAUUCGUUAAAAAUUAUUAAACAACUCCAAAAAUCAGAAGUAGUAUAUAAUUAUAAUUUGUAGUGUAAGUAAGUACUUAUAAAGUUUUGCUAAAUUUCCAUUCCUAAUUCCUGAGAGUUCCGGUAAGAAGCAAUAGAAUAUGACUAAUCAAAGAAAUACGUAUAUAUAGCACUGUUAUAUAAUAUAAAAAUAUUUAAGAAAGCAGUCCUCAAGGCGGAAGAGUAUAUAUUGUCACUAGUAUGUGCCUUCACAUUGUAACGCAAGUAGGUCAAGCGACAUAUGUACUUAAAAUGAAUAGCAUUUGAGACAUAAAAUAAUUAAAAUGUAAUACAACAACGGAGCAAGUCAACAAACUAUUGUCUACAUAAAGUGAAAGUGUAAUUUAAAAUAAGUAUUCGUUAUAUAUGUUUACUUACAUAGAACAGGUAGGACCAUCUAAGCAGAAUUCUUCAUUUUUAAAAUUGUCAAAUGCACUUAAAAAAAAGGAGAAAAAUGCAUUUCCCUGUUUUCUUCAUUUGGUAAAGAAAGUUGUUUAAUAAGUUCAUGUUUUAUUUUUUUAGGUGAUAUUUAAAAGGUGAAAUGACAAUUCGUUAAGAUAAUGAAAAUAUUAUUGAUUCCGAGAUUUUGAUGGGUUCUUAUAAUUUUUGCGCAUCUUUAUUAUUUGGCAGCAAAUACUAUACACUGGUUUUGUUUCAUAAAGACAAUCUAGAAAAACUAAUUAAAAAAAAAACUUUUUUUAGCCGACCAUAUAUCAUAAGUAACCAAAUAUGUAAAUUCUUCACCCCUAUCAUUAAGACACGUAUCUGCUACUUCAUUUUCUUAUGUCUUUUUACAGAAAAACAUAAAAAGUAGAUAUAUUAACCCAAAACAAGGGUUUUUCUAUUAUUGUUUUGUUUUUUCUGUUGUACGUAAAAUUUUUACAAACAUGUGAUACUGCAAUAUUUCUCUCUAAAUAUAACCAUCAAUUAAAAAAACAUUUCAUUGUAAUAAUUGUUUUCGGUCUAUGUGUAAAUCGAUAGACAGUGUCCAUUGUUCACUUGCGAAAACCAUCUUGAUUUGCACUAAAAAUACGCAGUUUUAUAUUGCAUAUGCCAAUGGCUAUGGCAUAAUUUGUGUAGACAUUGAAGUCAAUGGAGUUGGAAAAUUGGUGUUUAGGGGCGAUAUUCUAAACAGGGGGGGUUAUCUAACGAUAUUGAAGCAAAAUUUGAAAGAAAGCGCGGAUAAAUUUGCUGUUUUGGAAAUAUUCAAAUAUCACCAAGAUAACGAUCUCAAGCAUAAGUCAAUAAUGGAUCCUACACAACUACCCCAAAGUCCUCCAUCCUCUUUAAAAAAUCACCAGGCAUAAACCCUACGCAAAAUAUGUGAUGAAUUGGACCGC